AUGGCGGAUUCUGACGAAGAAUAUGUGGGUGAUGUGACGGAGGAUGAGGAUGAACUUCAGGUCACUCGAGGAGACAAUCCUCGAGCCAAGAAACGAAAGCAGCGAGGAGGCGCAGAGUGGGAGCUUUCCAGAACCUGGGAGACACUUGUUGAAGGAGCCGAUGGCACCAUCAGUUCAACAGUCGAAGGGCUGCUCGAGGCCAAUAAGCGUAAAAGGCUCUUGAAGGAUACGACACCACUACAGCGCGGGAUCAUUCGACAUCUCAUCCUAAUCAUCGACCUUUCACAAUCCAUGUCCGAGAAAGACUUACGCCCAACAAGAUAUUUAUUGACCCUUCGAUAUGCGCAGGAAUUUGUGAGGGAAUUUUUUGAGCAAAAUCCAAUCUCCCAGCUCGGGGUCCUAGGCUUGAGAGAUGGUCUUGCGCUGCGGGUCAGUGAUAUGAGUGGAAACCCAACAGAGCAUCUCACGGCCAUCCAAGCCCUCAAAACACAAGAUCCGAAGGGCCUUCCUAGUCUUCAAAACGGAUUGGAGAUGGCGCGUGGUGCUCUUUUCCAUACCCCCAGUCAUGGUACCCGGGAAGUACUCAUAAUAUUUGGAUCCCUGCUUUCCUCCGACCCCGGAGAUAUCCACCAAACGAUAGGUACUUUGAUCAGCGACAAAGUCCGGGUGGGCGUGGUGGGACUUGCCGCGCAGGUUGCCAUCUGUCGGGAACUUUGCACCAAGACAAAUGGCGGCGAUGAAACGGCCUACGGGGUUGCGCUGAACGAGCAGCACUUCAGGGAGCUAAUGAUGGAUGUGACCACCCCCCCAGCUGCCUAUUCACAGAAAGAAUCCGCGAGCUCGCUGCUGAUGAUGGGAUUUCCAUCUCGUACCGUGGAGACUGCUCCCUCCCUCUGCGCUUGCCACUCGAAACCUUCGCGGGGGGGCUAUCUUUGCUCGCGGUGCAAUAGUAAAGUGUGUAAUUUGCCCGCUGAGUGUCCAUCGUGUGGCCUCACGCUGAUCCUAUCCACUCAUUUGGCGAGAUCGUAUCAUCACCUAUUCCCAUUGAUCAAUUGGAUCGAGGUUCCCUGGCGUCGAGCUUCUAAAAGCUCUGCUUGUUUUGCCUGUGGGAUAUCAUUCCCGUCCGUUCCUCCGGAGGAUCAAUGGCUAGUCACCGAAAGUCAAACCAAGGGAAUGAGUGUGAGCAGUCGCUAUGAGUGUACCGCUUGUCAUAGCCACUUCUGCAUCGACUGUGAUCUCUUUGCCCAUGAGGUGGUACACAACUGUCCAGGUUGCCAGAGCAAAGGCGCCGAGUAG